UUGGUUGAGUUUUGUGUUUGACAUGCUUGAAGAACUAAGAAUCAUAAACCAUGAAAUUGAUGUUAAAAUUAUGAAUUAAUGAUGCUAAAAUGAUCCAUGAACCUUGGAGAACAUUUUUAUAUACUUUAAUUGAAGUUUGGUGAGUAAAAGUGACAUUUCCGCAAGUUGGCUCGAGAGAAUGAGUCAAGCAGUUGGCAAUGACGGACAGGCGGUCCCAGAGGGGGAGCCUGAGCACGUGAGCGUGCACACUGAAGCGUCGAACAUCACACCUCAGCAGGCCUCCGAGCAGGCGAUCCCGGGCGUGGGCCCUAUAUCGAAAGCCAUCCCUAUCGUCCAUCCGCAGUUCGCGGCUAACUUCAUGAAUUUCCUCCAGCAGAUGGCUCGAGCUUACGUGCCACCACCGCCACCACCGCCGCCACCAGUGGCGGUGGUCACCAUCGAGAAGCUCCGGAAGAAUGGAGCUGAGGAAUUCUUGGGCGAUCAGAUCGCCGACCCCAUGAUUGCCAAACGGUGGUUUGAGCGAACCAUCCGAGUGUUGGGGAACCUGAGGGUUCCACAGGAGCAGCGUGGCGACCUCGCAGUUGCAUUACUUCAAGAUUUCGCCUACGACUGGUGGAAACGUGUGGGAGCAGACGUCCUGGAGCCCGUGCAGUGGGCCACAUUUGACCGACUCUUCCACGAAGAGUACAUCCCUGAGCACUUCGUCGAGGCGAAGCGGGAAGAGUUUUUGAAGUUCACCCAGGGUGAACUCACACUGCCUGAGUAUCGUCAGAAGUUUGACGAGCUCGCGGGGUUUUGGCAAGACCUCAUACUGACCGUGGAGAAGCGAUGCAAACGCUUCGUGGAGGGUUUACGUCCUGACCUUUCGACCCAUCUGAUCAUUGCUCCCCGGAGUGACAUCAACACGUUGUACAAGAAUGCGUUGGAUUUGAAUGCGGCCCUCAUCAAGAAGGCUGUGUAUGAGCAGACGCUAGGAGCGUCAACGGCACCAUCUCGUCCUCCUCCACACCAGAAGGCGGGGACCAGCAGCAAGAGGUCCUUUACAGCGCCGAGCAGCUCUCACCAGAGCAAGAAGGUGAAGUCAGCCCCAACUCAGUCAUCUACGUCCGUACAGAAGCAGGGCAUGAGCGGGGAUGGGUUUCGCAACCCGAUUUGCAACCUUUGUGGGCGUAGGCACCCAGGAGAGUGUUGGUACACUCUUGGCCUGUUCCUUGGGUGUGGCCAGGCCGGCCAUUUCCGAAAAGAGUGUCCGAAGAAUCCAGGUGAGGCAUUCUCAACCGCACCAGCCGCUCCAGCCCCAGCAGCGCAGCCCGCCCAGAGUCAGAAGUUGGCGGCAGCAUCUAGCCAGCCUAAGCGGCAGGCAUCUGGCGCUCAGGCGGGGAAGACCCCGGCCCGUACUUACGCGAUUCGAGGGCGUACCGAGCAGCCAGCCCAUGACGUCAUCAUGGGUAUGUUUACGUUGUUCGAUACAUCUAUUACAGCUUUGAUUGAUCCAGGUUCCACUCUAUCAUAUGUUUGUAUGCCUUUGCCUGUUAUGCCUAACAUUCCGAGGGAAAACCUAGACAACCCGGUAAUUGUGUCCAACCCAUUGGGACACAGUCUGCGACUCACCCAUGUGUAUCACGAUUGCCCGUUAGUAGUCCAGGGAAAGAUCUUCCCUGCGAGUCUCAUUGAGCUUCCACAUCGUGAGUUGGACGUUAUUCUAGGCAUGGAUUGGCUCACCGCCAACUAAGCCGUUGUUGACUGUGGAGUUCAUACUGUUCGACUGAGAGCUGAAGACGGUAGUGACAUAUUGAUCCAUGGUGAGCUUCUUCCGAAAGCUCUAGAAUUCAUUUCCUACAUUCAUGCUCGUCGACUCAUUCGCAAGAAGUGUGAAGCAUUCUUGUGCACAGUGCGUGACACUUGUUAGGAGGCGCCUAGUAGGGGG